CUCCUCACCACCCACCAGUCCUUCCCCCUCCCUCCCACCACCAACACCAUGUCCGGUGCCAGGAACAUCUCCGCCGCAUUGCGACGGGCUCGGCUGUCCAAGCCCGCCCGCUCAAUCCUGCGUCCCGCCACCGCGACCGCAUACUCCCCGUCCUCCUCCCUCACCACCCGCCGCGCCUUCACCAGCACCCCCGCGGCCCCCUCCGCCAGCAAAGAAAUCAAGUACACGACGAACGCCUACCCCAACCUGAAACGUGAUCCCAAGUUCGCCGCCAUCUCCGCCGACGAUGUCACCUUCUUCCAGACCCUCCUGGGCUCGCAAUCCGCCGUCAUCGACGGCGUGACCACCGACGCCAGCGACGACCUCGAGCCCUUCAACAGCGACUGGAUGCGCAAGUACCGCGGCCACACGCGUCUGGUGCUCAAGCCCCAGACCGCCGAAGAGGUCAGCCAGGUGCUGAAGUACUGCAAUGAGAAGAAGCUCGCCGUCGUGCCGCAGGGCGGGAAUACCGGGUUGGUCGGGGGGUCGGUGCCCGUGUUCGAUGAGAUUGUGAUCAACACGGGGCGGAUGAACAACAUCCGCUCGUUCGACGAGGCGUCCGGCGUGCUGGUCGUCGACGCGGGUGUCAUUCUGGAGGUCGCGGAUCAGUACCUCGCGGAGCGCAACCAUCUGUUCCCGCUGGAUCUGGGCGCCAAGGGCUCGUGCCAUAUCGGGGGGAAUGUGGCGACGAACGCCGGCGGGCUGCGGCUGCUGCGGUACGGCAGCCUGCAUGGAAAUGUGUUGGGCGUGGAGGCGGUGUUGGCCGACGGGACGAUCGUGGAUGCCAUGUCCACACUCAGGAAGAACAACACCGGGUAUGAUCUGAAGCAGCUGUUCAUUGGGUCCGAGGGCACGAUUGGCGUGAUCACCGGUGUCUCGAUUCUGUGUCCGCCGCGUCCCAAGGCCGUGAACGUCGCGUACUUUGGCCUGGAGAGCUACGACCAGGUCCGUCAGGCGUACCAGGAGGCCAAGGGUCACCUGUCGGAGAUCCUGUCCGCGUUCGAGCUCAUGGAUGGACGCACCCAGAAGCUCGUCCACGAGUCCACCGGCACCAAGUACCCGCUCGAGGGCGAGUACCCGUUCUACUGUCUCGUCGAGACGAGCGGCUCCAACGCCGAGCACGACAUGGAGAAGCUGGAGGGCUUCCUCGAGCAUAUCAUGGGCGAGGGCAUCGUCGCGGACGGAGUCCUGGCGCAGGAUGAGACGCAGUUCCACGCCAUCUGGCGCUGGAGGGAGGGCAUCACCGAGGCGCUGAGCCACCUGGGCGGCACGUACAAGUACGACGUGUCGAUCCCGCUCCCGGAGCUGUACCAGCUGGUGGACGACUGCAGGGAGCGGUUGACCAAGCUCGGGCUCGUGGGUGACGAUGACUCGUUCCCCGUCCGUGCGGUCGUCGGGUACGGACACAUGGGCGACUCCAACCUGCACCUCAACAUCUCCGUCCGGCAGUAUAACAAGGAGGUCGAGAAGGCCAUCGAGCCCUGGGUGUACGAGUGGAUCCAGAAGCGCAAGGGUAGUAUCAGCGCCGAACACGGUCUGGGUGUCGCCAAGAAGGAGUUCAUCGGCUACAGCCAGAAUGACACCAUGCUGACCCUGAUGAAGCAGUUGAAGGGUCUGUACGAUCCGAAUGGCAUCCUCAACCCCUACAAGUACAUCUAGAUGCGCUGCAGCGUCUAUACACAGGCGUUAAUAUACCAUUCACAUUCAGAUUCAGAACUAGACUGAUCCGAGUAGAUACCCGUGGUUAUAUCCAGCCUUCAUCCUUCAAGAAAAAGUCAAUCACCUCCACAUUUCAGAUAAUUCUCAUGGAAAACCGCAGCCACUAUAUUAACAUCCAACAUGUUAAACCCAGACCAUACCCAUACCCCAUACCCCAUAGAUAAACAUCCC